AUGCACAACUUGUCGCUAAGUCGUCCUGUAUGGGCAGCGAACGAAAAUAGCUGCACAACAUGCAUUCCAUCAGAAUUUAGAGUUGGACGAGCAGAGCCAACUACCAUACCCAAAAUCACUGCCACUUUGGGAGAGGAAACUUGUCCAAACCCCGAUCAUGCCAGGCAAGAGGAUUGGAAAGUUUGUGGAAAUGACGGGGUUCGUGGACAGUGCAAGACUACGAUUUCUGUUUACCCGUGCGGGGAUAUUCAUAUACAUAAUCCUCAGUUAUGUAUAUGGUGCAACACUCCUCAUCGGACUACUUGGCCGAAAGUCGAGUUAAAGGUUUAUACCGAGAGUAAUGAAGUCUGUGAGAACUAUUCCCAGUACAAACAUGUUCGAAGAGAGCGGUUCGAUCAAAUAGAGGCUGCGAAUAAUGGAAAUGCACUGAAAAUGCACAACCGAAACGGCAGGAAAAUGCCCAAAUACUUCAAGAGGACCCACAGGGACCCGCAUGGACCUGGAGAAGCUCGAGCAUCUACACCUGCAUCAACAUCAUCAUCUAGACAUCAUCAUUCCUCGCGUGGACAUCGAGGAUCAGGUUCGCCACGAGACUCUGGUUUCAGUCCCAGCCAUACUUUUUAA